CGGGGCAUGUUUCUAGCUCGGGCGGUACACUGCUGAGCUAGCUCAACACUAACAACCAUUGAAGAAGUACAGUGCUGGUGCUAGGAUCUAGUGGGAAUCACUGCUGUCAGAAACAUAAGAUGGCCAACAGAGAUGACUAUGACCUUUUAUUCAAGAUUGUGUUAAUUGGUGACUCUGGUGUGGGAAAGUCUAACCUCCUCGCACGAUUCACGAGGGACGAGUUCUUCUUAGAAUCUCGGACAACUGUGGGGGUGGAGUUUGCCACUCAGAACGUCACAGUGCAAGGGAAAACCAUCAAGGCUCAGAUCUGGGACACAGCUGGACAGGAGAGAUUUAGAGCCGUCACCAGCGCUUACUACAGAGGAGCAGUGGGUGCUCUAGUGGUGUACGAUAUUGCUAAGCAUCCCACAUUUGAGAAUGUACAGAAAUGGCUGAAGGAGCUAAAUGACCACGCUGAUCCAAACAUCUGUAUUAUUCUGGUAGGAAACAAGUCUGAUCUAAAACACCUCAGGGCAGUACCGACUGACGAGGCUCAAGAGUUUGCUAAGACCAACGGGUAUGCAUUCAUAGAGACAUCAGCUCUAGACGCCACCAACGUGCAAAUGGCCUUCAAUAACAUCAUCGGCGAGAUCUUCAACCAAGUAGCCAAGAAGACAACGGACGAUGAUGCUGGAUUCUUCACCGGUCGCAUAGGAGAGGGGAAAACCAUCAAACCACUACAGGAUGAUGCUGAACCUAAAUCACAGAAGAAGUGUUGUAAAUAAUGACCCCUUCCUCUCUAGUAUUUUUUAUUAUAUUAUAGCUUUAUUUACCCAAAUACUUACAGGUGAAAUGUUUUUAAAUGCUCGAUAGUAAUUUUUAUGCCACAUUUCUCAUUGCA